AUAACCCCAAGAAUACUUCCUCACUAAACCAGAGAUUGAAUAAAAUCUAUUUCUCUGUUGUACAUCUCCAUUUCAGAAAAUUCCUUUCAACAAAAAUCCAGUCUUUCAAGAAACACUUUUUUCCUCCAAAAGAAAAAGAAGAAUAAUGAGCAGUAUCCUUCAAUACCCAGAUGCGAUCAACCCACCAGAGCUCCAAGUGUGGAACAAUGCUGCAUUUGACAAUGGAGAAUCAGAAGAUUCAAUAGGGAUGACUAAAUCAUCCUCUUGGUGGACUCAAUCCCUUGAAUCUAGUUGCAGUAAAGAAAACAUGAGUCCUGUUUUUGAGAAACCCCCUGUUUCUUUCAAAUCCUCUGUUUCUUCAAUACCCAUCAAGCCUCUUAACUCCAAUUCCAACAUUGUAAACUCUCAAGGGAAUAAUAAGAAUCCAAUGAAGAUCCUCCUCAAACAGGGUGGUUUGGUGUCCAAGAUUGUGAAUCAAGAAGAAGAGACAAAGAUAGAUAAGGAGAUUGAACAGAUUGAGAAAGAAAUUAGCCGCUUAUCCUCAAGACUCGAAGCGCUUAGACUCGAAAAGGCAGAGAGAAGUCUAAAUACUGUGGAAAAAACAGGCAGAUUUGUGCCAGAAAAAAUCAUGGAGCCAAAACAGACUGUCAAGAUUGAAGAGCCACCAAAGAUCAAUCGAAGAGGAGUGAGUUUGGGGCCCUCUGAGAUAUAUUCUGCCACUAAGGCUAGGUUAUUGAGUAAGCAAGAAAUGUCUACUCCUGUUUCUACAAAGAAUCGGAGGAAAUCUUGUUUUUGGAAGCUUGAAGAAAUCGAUGAGUUAAAAGCAACGAAAGAGAGAGGAAAAAGCUCAAGUGUGAGUCCAAGAUCGCGCAAGAAUCUGUCAAAGGUUCAAGCUCCAAAAAUGGCUGCUACUACUAUAGGGUCAAGAAAGUCAGUGAAGAAAGAAGAUGGGAUUCUUGCUUCGAUCCAGCCCAAGACGUUAUUCAAAGAUGGACAAAAAUCAGUGCCCAAUAAGAAACCAGUGAAACCAGGAAGGGUUGUACCAAGUAGAUAUAAUCAGAUUGCAACCAAUCAAUCUGAUGGGAAUUUUUCUGCGAGGAAAAGGUCUCUGCCAGAUAGUGACAAGGAAGAUGCAAACAAGAGGCGUGCUUCGCGAGAAAAUGGGGCAAAUCAGAGAAUAGAGAGUAGUAGCAAAGCGAAGAAGAAAUGGGAAAUUCCAAGUGAACUAGUGAUGUUUAAGAGUGACGACGCAAUAGUCGGGGAAUCUUUGAAAGUUAAAUCACCUGUGGCUGAUGUGUUACCAAAAAUCAAGACUUUUCGAAGUGUUAAUGAGACUCCAAGAGAUUCUGGAGCAGCAAAAAGGGUGGCUGAUUUGGUUGGGAAGAAAUCAUUUUUCUCUAUUAACGAAGGAGAAGAGACAGCAGGGGACUCUAUUUGUCAAGCUUUGAGGUUUGAUUUUGAAGAAGAGGAUGUCUAGGAAAUUUCAGUUAAUUUGCUUUCGCUAAUGCAUGUUUAAAAUCCAUAACUCUUGUUAUGGUUUAUGGUGCUUUUCGACUUGAUUUAUGUUAUGCAAUAAUAGGAUAAGCUUGUCUCUGGCUUUUUAAUUGAUGGUAAAACUAUGUGCAGCUAUCAAUUUGGAACCUUGUAAUCUGCAAUGAUAUUCUAUUUUUUUUUAUUCCA